AUGUCAUGCCUAAUCCUAGGAAAAGGCUUGAUAAGGAAACAUAUCUUAGUGGAGAAUGGCUGCCUACAUGGAGCAGUGGUGAUUUGUGGAAAGUCCAUCACCCAUAUAAUGGAUUGCAGUUUGUUGUUGAUAUUGGGAAAAAAAACCCGUACUUGUUGUUUUUGGGAUCUUGUGGGCAUACCUUGUAGGCAUGUUGUUUCUGCAUUACAGUAUCAAAACUUAGAUCCUGAGAAAUAUGUUGACCCUUGUUACAUGAGAGAAGCUUACAGGGCAUGUUAUGAAAACAAUGUUAGUCCAAUAAAUGGCAUGGACAUGUGGCCAACUGUGGAUGCUGAAGAAUUGUUGCCACCACAAUACAAGAAGGGACCUGGAAGGCCUAAGAAACUGAGGUUUAGAGAGUUGGAUGAGAAUGGUUCAAGGAUGAGGAGGGUAGGUGUAGCAUAUAGAUGCACGCAUUGUGACAAAUUUGUCCAUAAUUCUAGGAAGUGUCAAGCUAAGGAGCAAGAUCCUAAUGCACUAAAGAGAAAGGUAUUGUGUUCAUGA